UGGUCACUCUACAGGAAUUUCCUCUGAGGGUCCUGAACAGCGGGAUGAAGGUUUGCUAAUUACGAGGGAACAUUUUUAGGCAGGAAUGAGACCCCCCCGCCGCUGAGCUGAAGAUGAGAGAGUGGUGGGUUCAUGUGGGUUUAAUCUGCAUCCCACUGGUGGCCGUGUACCUGCACAUCCCGCCCCCCCAGCUCUCACCUGCCCUGCAGAAGUGGCACAGUUCCGGGGAGGUCUUCCUCUUCAGAGGGAGGAAGAUCUUCUACAGAGACUCUUAUGGUGCUUUGGGCAGCUCGGAUGUGGUUAUUCUCCUUCACGGCUUCCCCACCUCCAGCUACGACUGGAACAAGAUCUGGGAUCCACUGACUUUACACUUUCAUCGAGUCAUUGCACUGGACUUCCUCGGUUUUGGCUUCAGUGACAAACCAAGGCCCCACAGAUACUCUAUUUUCGAGCAGGCCAGUAUAGUGGAGGCCCUGGUGUUCCAUUUGGGUCUGAGCAACCAGCGGGUCAAUCUUAUAUCCCAUGACUAUGGAGACACUGUAGCCUUGGAGCUGCUCUACAGAGGGGAUCAAAAUCGCACAGGACACCUGGUCUUGAACAGCCUCUGUCUUUCAAAUGGAGGAGUAUUCCCAGAAACACACCACCCACGGCUGCUGCAGACGCUCCUGAAAGACUCAAGCAUUCUUGCAGUAAUUCUGACUCGUCUCACCAACUUUUUUAUCUUCCAAAAGGGGAUAAAAGAAGUGUUUGGUCCCUACACGCAGCCCACUGACGCAGAGUUCUGGGACAUGUGGGCAGGGUUACGCUACAAUGACGGCAACUUAGUGCUGGACAGCGUUCUCCAGUACAUCAACCAGAGGUUUAAACACAGAGAUCGAUGGGUGGGGGCGCUCACUUCCACAUUCGUCCCAUUGCACAUGAUCUAUGGACCCCUGGACCCAGUCAACCCCCAUCCCCAGUUCAUCCGUCAUUACCUACAGCUGGUGAAGAGGUCCACUGUGACUGUCCUGGACGACCACAUUAGUCACUACCCUCAGCUGGAGGAUCCCACAGGUUUCCUAAAAGCAUAUUUCAAUUUUAUUCAUUCUUUCUGAAAGAACACUAAAUGUCUCUUCAGAGUUGAGCUGCAGUGUCAACAUUCAGAAGGACAUUUAAAUUGUAAUCCAAGCGAGAACGUAAGCUACUGUAAUGUUUUGCAACGAUCGAAUGUAUUUGAGCCCAAGAACACUUGAUUUAAUUUUUUGUCUCUUAAUGUCAAUGUUUCUUUAAAUAA